ACCAUUAUUGCUCUUAAUCUUCUGGUUUUAUGAGGAUUUUGUUUAGUUAUGCGGUAUAAACGAAAGUUUCUCAGUAAUGUGGUUUUCUGUUUUGUGCGCUCUCUGAUAUCUUACUCGUAACAGUCUGUCGACCUCGCUCUGGUGGCUGGAGAUUUGAAAUUUGACGGACAAUGAACGCUGCUUCAACUGAUAUCAUUCAAGCAGAAAUCGACGGCGGAAGCGACUCGGAGACUAAUACUGACGAUACACCGGAAUACUACCAGCCGAUCUCCGCCGUUGAUGAUUCUGAUUCUGAUUCAGACAGUUCUAUUCAUAGCCUUCCGAACGGUUAUUACGUUAAUGUAACGGAGAAUGGAGUGUCGAGGAUGGAUCUGAACGAGGAGAAGAGCGGAAGCGAAGAUGACGAAGAGGAGAGAAUGAGAGAGGAGUCUGAAACGGCGAUAGUGAGAGCGUUUAGAGAAGAUGAGAAUAGAAGAAAUGCUCCGCUGAGUGAGGAGAACGCAACAAGAAUAAUGGAAGCCAUGCGCGGCGUUUCGCUCGGCGGUUUGGCUCCUGAUUGGAUCAAUCGCGUUCCUGAACAUCGAUGGAUGGAUCAACUAAGGAGAAUCAGGCAAACUCCGCCGCCCCCCGGUUAGAAACAGAAUCCUACUUUAUCAGGCUUUUUCAUGGUAUCUGCUGUUGUUUUAUAAUUAUAAUUUGAUAUUCAAGUCUUGUUUAUGUGAAAACGGUUCUGGAAAUUGAUGAUUGAGCUUCAAAGAAA